AAUUGAAAAUGUAAAAGAUACAGCGGAGGGAAGAGCCGAAGGGUGGGUAGGUGUGAGACUGACAGAACCACCUCCACAUGCACCAUCCUCUCUCCUUUCUUCAUAUAAAAAUCCCUCUCUUCCCUUUCUUUUCUCUCAGCUUGACGUUCGCUUCUUCAAGAGAACACCAAGCUUAUCUCCAUUCCCUCUCCUCUUUUUUCUUUUUUGGUUUUUGGAAGGAAACGCUUUAUUUAUUACGAAAUACACAAAUAUGCAGGCGGUUUCUCCUACACAAAAUCUUAAUUCUUCUGUCAUUCGUCCUUCCAAGCCUCGCCGGUUCCAUCAGUUGACUCGCUCCUUUAUCCGUUGCGUUUAUCACAAUGACUCCGUUCAAUUCCCUAAUGGAGUCGGUUUAAACCGCGCUGAUUGGCAGAGCUCUUGCGCUAUUCUUUCUAGCAAGGUCUUUUCGCAAGAUCAAGGUUCCGGCGACAAAUCCACUGCUCCUUCCAACUCGGACCACCUUGCUGCCGCCGUCAAUGGUCAUAAAACUUCCAUAGAUCUUAACCUUGUCCCUAUUGAAAAAAACAACAAGCCUCAACCACCUACACAGAAACCCUUAACCAUCACCGACCUCUCCCCUGCUCCGAUGCACGGCUCUCAGUUGCGCGUGGCUUACCAGGGAGUCCCGGGGGCCUACUCCGAAGCUGCCGCUGGGAAAGCUUAUCCUAAUUGCGAAGCGAUCCCUUGUGACCAGUUUGAAGUCGCAUUCCAAGCGGUUGAGCUUUGGAUCGCCGAUCGAGCUGUCUUACCGGUGGAGAACUCACUAGGAGGUUCCAUUCAUCGGAACUACGAUCUCCUCCUCCGACACCGACUCCACAUCGUCGGCGAAGUCCAACUCCCAGUGCACCACUGUUUAUUAGCUCUCCCAGGUGUUAGGAAAGAGUACCUUGCACGAGUCAUUUCUCAUCCACAAGCCCUCUCCCAGUGUGAACACACGCUCACCAAACUCGGGCUCAACGUCACGCGUGAAGCUGUCGAUGACACCGCCGGAGCCGCGGAGUACAUAGCGGCCAACAACCUUCGUGACACCGCCGCCAUAGCAAGCGCACGCGCCGCUGAACUUUAUGGACUUCAAAUCCUAGCCGAUGGUAUCCAAGACGAUUCGAGUAAUGUGACGCGCUUCGUUAUGUUAGCUCGGGAGCCAAUCAUCCCGCGCACUGACCGGCCAUUCAAAACGAGCAUCGUAUUCGCGCAUGAUAAAGGGACGAGCGUGCUUUUCAAAGUACUAUCAGCGUUUGCGUUUAGGAAUAUCAGUUUGACGAAAAUCGAAUCCCGGCCACACCGCAAUAGGCCGAUCCGGUUGGUAGAUGACGCCAACGUUGGAACCGCCAAGCAUUUCGAGUAUAUGUUCUACGUGGAUUUCGAAGCGUCGAUGGCAGAGGUUAGAGCCCAAAACGCGUUGGCCGAGGUCCAGGAGUUCACUUCUUUCUUGAGGGUAUUGGGCAGUUACCCAAUGGAUAUGACGCCUUGGUGCCCUUCCAGCGGAGAUUAACAAAACUUAUGAAAGUAAAAAAUAAAAAAAGGAAUUAUUUGCACAAAAAGGAUAUUGUGAAAAUCAAUUUUAAUUUACCUUUAUUUUUUUUGGGUAUCAUGAGAAUUUUUAAUUCAUCGAUGGAUUUAACAACAGGCCAAAAGAAAUUGUUGUUGCCGUCGUUGCUGUUAUUAUUUGUUGGGUAAAUACUUUUAUAAUAUGGUCCAAUUAAGUCCUUCCAAAA